UCCGACAUUGUGCAAUGCGUUGAACUGUGUCUUAGAGGCCUCUAGUGGUGGUACUUUGUCAGUACAGUGUUGCAGGGCAGACCAGUGGGAAGCACACAAUGACACAGGGGUUGAUCCAAUAUGAAGCGUCAGAUCAAGGCUUUCAUCUGUGAGUCUGAAAUGCAGAUGCACCCACACUGAAGGCUCCAGGUCUGGGUUUCAGGUCCUGUGGUCCUGUAUGUGUGAGCAGUAGAAACCAAAUGAAAUUACAAGUAGAGUAGAAGGGUAGUAGAGGAGUAGAGGGAAGGAGAGGUGAGGGGAGGAGGAGACAAGAGGAGAGGAGCCUAACAUUGUUGCUAAGCAUCUCAUCGGAUGGAGGAAGAGAGGGCAGAGAAAAUUAAUGGAUGGAAGAAAAAAGUCAGCUGACUUAUGAGAUACAAACCCUACAUUCAGUAUAAUAUAUUUAGAGAGAGGGGGAGAGAGAGACCGACAGAAUCCAGCUGUCCUAUUCCUUUACUUUUCAAGGGAAAUAGGUGGAGCUUGCUCUCGCUCAUAUCCCCACCACCAACAAUUAGACACACACACACACACACACAUACACACACAAACAUGUGUAGCCGAGAGACUGCUUUUCCUCCCCAUGAUUCUGACAGAGUGAGCAUGCGAGGGAGUGAUUAGAUCGGAGAUAUACGCAGAUAUUUUUUCUCUCUCUCUCUCUCUCUCUCUCUCUCUCUCUCUCUCUCUCUCUCUCUCUCUCUCUCUCUCUCUCUCUUUCUCUCUCUCUCUCUCUCUCUCUUCUCCUCUGGCUUCCUCCGUGCCUUCCUGUGUCUCUUUUCUCUCGGAUCACAACAGCCCUAGCAGCACGUGUUUGGAGGAUAAAACCAGCAAUGCAUCAUGAAGUCUCAGCAGAAAUGCAUCAUGAUCUUUGCUUUGGUCUGCUGCUUCGCCGUCCUGGUGGCGCUCAUCUUCUCAGCCGUGGACAUCUGGGGUGAGGACGAGGACGGCAUCACAGAGGAAAACUGCAGCAGGACCUGCAGGGUCGUCCUGGUGGAAAACAUCCCGGAGGACGUGUCCUUCCCCCCCAGCGGCCCUACCUACCUGCCCCUCACGGCGGGGCUCCAUGACCUGCUGGACCGCGCCAUGCGCUCGCUGGAGAUCGUCUCCCCCGUCUGGCUGCUCAACUCCUCAGACUACGAGGCCAGCUCCCAGCGGGCGUCCCUGCAGGGCAGGGCUCUGCUGACCAGGCUACAGGGACUGAAGGCCAGGGGUGUCCAGCUGAAGAUCUCCAGCGAGGACACAGACUCAACUGAACUCAGCAUGCUGGCCAGACUUGGUGCUGAUAUCCACUAUUUGAACACCACAGCUCUGAUCAGAGGUCAGCUCCAUGCCUCCUUCUGGGUGGUGGACAGGAAGCACCUGUACUUCGGCAGCGCUACAAUGAACUGGAGAUCCCUGGCUACGAGGAAGGAGCUGGGAGUGUUGGUGUACGACUGCAGCUGUCUGGCUCUGGACCUGCACAAGGUGUUCAGCCUGUACUGGGGCCUCCAGUACAAAGACUUCAUCCCCUCCUUCUGGUCAAAGCGGGUGUUUGCGCUCUACAACCGGGACUCUCCUCUGGAGCUGACCCUGAACAGCACCAAAGCUCAGGCCUACAUCUCGACCUCCCCCAGCCUGCUGAUCCCCAGGGACCGCAGCAGCGACCUGGAGGCCAUCAGCCGGGUCAUACAGGAGGCACACAGCUUCCUCUACAUCUCCAUCACUGACUACCUGCCCCUGCUGAAGAGCGGAGCCCACAGGUACUGGUCUCGCAUCGACGGUCUGAUCCGCGACGCCCUGAUCCUGCGGCGGGUGCGGGUCCACAUGCUGGUCAGCUGCUGGGAGCACACCAACCCUCUAACCUUCAACUUCAUCUGGUCCCUCCGUAGCCUCUGCAUGGAGCAGAGCAACUGCUCCUUAGAGGCCAGGUUCUUCAGCCCGAGGGAACAGAGGGACGGCAGUUUGCAACGAAUCAACCACAACAGGUUCAUGGUGACAGAUUCAGCAGUGUAUUUAGGUAACCUGGACUGGGUGGGGAACGAGUUCACCUUCAACGCAGGCGCCGGCCUGGUGAUCAGCCAGCAGGAGGGGGUGGACCAGAGGAACUCCACGGUGGUGGAGCAGCUAAGAGAUGCCUUCGAGAGGGACUGGUCCUCCCGCUACACGCACUCCCUGCAGCCCGACCUGCUGCCCGUCUGCAACCGGCACAAGGCCAGCCGGCUUGUGCCGCUCAAAGGAGCCCGACCUCCCCACAGCUCUACUGUCCCGCUGGCAGGAAGUCCACCACGCCACCUCCCAGCACCCAUCCAAACCCCUUCCUGCAACAGUGAAUUUCACCAUAGCAACAAGCAGGAACCUAGCAGAGGGAGCAGGGGCCCCCCGGACAACGGGCUGGCGUCCACCACAGCUGGCCCAAUGGAGGAGGGCAGAGCCACGCUGACGCAACCGGAGGACAGACAGGUGUACGUCAAAGUCAGUCACUCUGACAGUCCAAUGGGAUCUCUGCUGCCUAGCCAGCCAAUAGAAAGCAGUGGAGGCAGAGAGCUACAGAGCGGGCCCCUGUGGCCCCCUGGUACUGAUGUCUAAUGAUGCUGGGAGCCCUGCAGUCGGCACGAUGGUAGGAUGACCCUGGGACACCAUGUCAGGAUUUAUUAGUACAGAAUAACACAGACCUCAACGCUCUUCACCACAACGAGCUCAUAUGACGAGAGCUUCCUUGAUGAGAUGGGAACUUUCUGCUAUACCAAUUCCUUAAUCAUUGUUUUGUGUGUCCUUUGUGAGCAAUCACCUCUUAUGCUUUAGCUCAUUUAGCUAAUCACAAAACAACGAGUGUCUCUUGAAUUUGGGCCGUGCACUUCCCUUCAGACAGUGAUUGAUUGACCGCUGGGUCGCCAAGAUACCCUGGAGAACAAUGACCAACAUGCAGAAAUCUCAAGAAACUAGAAGUGAAAUCUUAGGACAUCCCAAUGGGCUCAAAUGACAAAAACCUUUGUCUGAAUCUAGUAGCUAAACCCACUCUGUAUUCAAAGAGUUUGAUCACUGACUUACAAGGUAUCCGAACAUGAAACACCUAGUAAGUAAAAGUAAGUAAAAUGUAUUUAUAAAAGCACAUUUAUAACAGUCUGCACUGACCAAAGUGCUGUACAUAGUGCAUUCAGAAGGCAAAAUAACAACAUUAGAAUACAAUAAAAAUAAAAGACAUGAAACCGGACAUCCACACACAACAAAGGCAGUUGUGUAGAGGUCAGAUAGUUAAUGGGGAGGGAAGGCAAGGUUAUACAGAUUGGUUUUGAGCCUUGAUUUAAAAAGCAUAAAUGGAGGGGGCAUCACGUAUGUCGGG